CCCCCUCCCAACCUGCCUGCUUCUCCCGGAAGUGGAGCUUCCACUCCGGAUUGCUGCUCUGCGCCGUAGCUCUAGAGACGCGCGCUUUCGGAAAGGGGAGGAGGGGCAGCAGGCGACACCGCCCCCCCCCCCCUGGAUGUUGCAGGAAAGGAAAGGAGAAUCUGGAGUGAGGAGAAAGAGGUAAAGGGGUCGUGGGGGGUGGGAGGACAGAAAAGGACCCAGGUAGGGACGCCGCGCCAGCUCCCCAGAGCGCCUUUCAUGCGUCCCGUCGGCAUGGCCUAGAUCCCUGCAUCCGUGCUGCGCCUUGGCAGCGGCGGACAUGGGGCGCCCACCGAGGGGGUCCCCACGAGGGCCCCUUUGCCCCGUUUCCCCCACGCAGGGAUCCCUGGGGCCCUGUGGGAUCUGCACGGAGAAAGGCGGGCCAUGAAAGGGUUAACGGGCUCGAGGGACGCCUGGAUAGAGACCCCAGUGUGGCUUCCCUCUUGCAAGCUGCAUCCUCUUCACGCCCCCAUAAACCCCUGCACUGCCCAGUCGCUGCGGUUCAAAUCCGGAGAGGAAGAGGGGAGGGGAGAGGCCUUCUCAGAAGCGGCUCUUGGUUUCCGCAGUCCCCCCCCCCCCCCGGGAAACAGCCAGAAACCUUUUCCUCUCUCUCAGGCCUCCAUCUUUAAUGUCUUUUCCACUGCCUGCUUCAUUGAGGAUGAGGAUAAUGUACACCUGUCAUCAGAAACAGGGGUGCAGAGUCCAUGGUAUGGCUCUCAGGCUUGAUAUAGAAGUUGCACCUCAAAAGCCUUUCUGUUCCUCUUAUUUUUUGUAGGGAGUGUCAGAGUGACUGACAAGCUGAGGUUCUUCCCAGUCAAAGGACCCAUUUUCAUGAUAGACAGUGCCUGUGGCUGGAGGCUCUACAUACAAGGUGUGCCUAUACAGGCCACAAACUGCCAGUAUUAGCACAGGUGAGGUAUGUGACCUCCCCUAAUUUACAGACUGUAUGUGAAUGAGAAGUAGUGGGUGGGAUUACAGUUUAUGGCAGCCCUGUGAUUUUCUCCACCCAUGACACUUUGUGAUCUGAUAUUGCAGUACGAAAUUCAAGAUAACUUCAAAAGAAUAACAAUAUAAUAAGAAUGAUUGUAGUAUUUCUACCUUGCCUAACUGGCUGGGUUUCCCCCGCCACUCUGGGCAGCUUAUAGUACACAUAAAAGACGGUAAAACAUCAGACAUUAAAAACCUCCUUUUACAGGGCUGCCUUCAGCUGUCACCUAAAUGUCAGACAGCUGCCCAUUUCCUUGCCCUCUGCCUGCUUCCCUGUAACUUCGCUUCUCACGGGGUGUGGGGGUGAGAACCAGCAGAAGACCCUCGAAGGAGGACCUCAGUGUACAGACUGAGCGAUGGGGGUGGAGACACUCCUUCAGGUCUAUAGAGAGUGAGGCUGUAGGGCUUUAGGUCAAUGAUCUUGCUCCUCCAUAAUGAUUUCCACAGCAAGUCCGACAUACAAUUAGCAGAGUAGGAAAUAAAGCUCAGAGACAGCAAAAAAUUCCUUCAGCAAAUACAUUUGUGACUGAAGGCAUAACAGGAAUCUAUGCCUUAAAAAUGCAACCACAGCAAUUUAAAGGUCAGCACCAACAAUGUGAAUUGUGCUCAGAAAUGUACUGGGAGUCAGUGAAGAUUCUUUCAGACUGGUGUUAUGUUGUCUCAGCGGCUGCUCCCCUUCUGUUCUCUAGCUGCCACAUUCUGGAUUAGUUGCAGUUUACGAGUCACCUUCCAAGAUGGCCCCAUGUAGCGCAUGGCAGUAGUCCAAGCGGGAGAUCACCAGAAUAUGCACCACUCUGGGGAGACAGUCUCCAGGCAUGGAGGGUCUCAGCCAGCGUACCAGAUGGAGCUGGCAGACAACUGCCCUAGACACAGAAUUGACCUGCGCCUCCAUGGACAGCUGUGAGUCCAAAAUGACCCCCAGGUUGUGCACCUGGUCCUUUUGGGGCACAGUUACCUCCAUCAGGUCUAGGGCGUCUCCCACACCUGCCUGCCCCCUUUCCCCCGUGACAGUAUUUCUGUCUUGUCAAGAUACAACCUCAAUCUGUUAGCCACCAUCCAUCCUUCAACUGCCUCCAGACACUCAUACAGUACCUUCACUGGUUCCAAUUUAAAAGAGAGGAAGAGCUUGGUAUCAUCCACAUACCGGGGAACACCCAACCCAAACCCCCUGAUGAUCUCUCCCAGCGUCUUCAUAUAGAUAUUAAAAGCAUGGGGGAGAGGAUGGAGCCCUCAGGAACCCCACAAGUGAGAGCCCAGAGGUCUGAACACUCAUCCCCCGACACCACUUUCAGGACAUGGCCCAGGAGGAAGGAGGGGAACCACUGCACAUGGUCAAAUGUGCACAUACCAUGGUCAAAGGUCUCCAAAGCCGCUGACAGAUCCAGCAGAACCAGGAAAGAGCUUUUUCCCCCUUGGUCUCUAGCCCAUCGGAGAUCAUCAAGCAGUGCAACUAGGGCAGUUUCCGUCCCAUGAUGAGGCCUGAAUCCCAAUUGGAAGGAUAAUGGUGGCAGAAGCUUUCCUGGUCCUGCCCCUCCAAAAGCUCCAGGCCCAAGACUUUCAUUAGCUUUCAAGGGGCCAUCGGAGAUGCUGGAAGGAGGUGUGCAGGACACCAUCCAACCGUCUUAGAGAGUCCAUUCUGGAUUUGUGUAGGUUCCCCCCCAUAGCCUUCUCUUCUCCUGAAGAUAACUCACAAGGCAGCGAAGGUUUAGGAUCAGAGCUUUCCUUCUCGAUGGGCUUCCUUCCCGGUUGACAAUCACAUCUGCCCUUCACUUUCCUCUGCAGCAUGGGCGGAAUCUGCCUUUUUGACUGUGGGAUUCACUGUUGUUCUCCUCCUCUCCAUCCACCAGGGUCUGCCUUCACCUGCACCAGAAUUCCCCAACCCACCAAGCGUUUGAGACCCAUCAGGUAUCCUCACCUGGUUUAGCCGGCCCGUUGAAGCUGUUGCUUGGAUCGCUGCCUCUGUUGCAUUCUGGCAGCUUCUGGAAGCCACAGGUGAGAGCUGAGUGCAGGGUGGGGACCAAUGGUGGAAAUAUUACCCCACAAGGUGGACUACAUGUCGCCCACCAAAGGUACUACCGCUCCCCUAACACCCCAAGCCAUCCUAUAAUUAUGAUAUUUAAGACAGAUCAGGAAUAAAUUUAUUUCUCAAGAAACAACAUAACUUCAGGCUGUUAAUGACUCAAUACUGCAUAUUCAAGGAUGAAGUUUCCAUUAAGUACAGUUAUCUAUUUGCCUUUAGUAUUCAGAUUUGUAAGUGUCAUUUUAGGAUAGUCCUGAUUCAGGAGACAGGCACAAGAUGAGGCUGCACCUCAUUAUUAUACGGAGCAAUGGGGGUGGGUUUUUCCGUCUGGGAUUCCCAUGUGCCAGCUGCUUUCCUUCUGCUUCUCCUUCUCUUUCCAUGCAAUGCAAGGCAUCUAGACGGAGGUCCAUCUCCAAGAACAGGAGCUUCCCUGAGCACCCAUUCAGCUGACCCAAAGCACCAAGACUUGUCACUAGUUCUCUGACUAACCCAGACCACAGUCCCUGGAAAAGGCAUAGACCUAGGUCUCACAUAAUAGUCCAUAGGGACCUCCUGAGGCCAAUGGGACUGUGCAGGUGAUUCAUUAAGAGACAGAGGUGGAUGGAGGAUUAUGUUGCAGAGGAUGGGAAAUGUCCAAAGGAACGAUGGACCAGAGAAAGAGAGGGCCUUUUCAUGGACAGAGAGCAGCUGCCUUUCCUUGUGAGGAAACAAUUGGUUGGAAAAGUCUGUAUUCCAAUAUCAUGCUGCUUUAUCAUGCUGCUGAUUGAGGAUUAUGAAAGGUUGCUGAUGCAUUGCUAUCAUUUGAUGACAUUGCAUUUUCAUUUCCUAAAAAUUUGGAACAAGGGUAGGAUGCGGGAAAUGUAGGAUAUGUUGAAAUAUGAGGUGGUGCUAAUGGCAUCUGAUGUGCUCUCUUUUCCUUUGUUCUCUUCCUUGAAACCCAAACAGGAUUUCCUUUCCUCCCACUCUGAAGAAGGUGAAGGAGAAGACAGUCAAAACUUCAGGGGAUCGGGCACCUUCAGUUUAAUUAGGAAGAGAAAUUAA